AUGGACGAGGCAAGCCAGGCCACAGAGCCCGAGGCGCUGAUCCCCAUCACGAAGGGCAGCAGGCACCUGGUGCUGGUGGGAGACCACAAGCAGCUGCCACCCGUGGUGCAGAGCCAGGCCGCCAAGCAAGGCGGGCUGGGCACGAGCCUGUUUGAGCGCCUGCUGGAUGCCGGGGCUCCCAGCGCCAUGCUGCAGGUGCACUACCGCAUGCAUCCCUCUCUGUCAGCCUUCCCCAAUGCACAGUUCUACGAUGGCCUGCUGGUUGAUGGCGUGAGGGCCGCCGACCGCACGCGCCCCGAGGGCUUUGCGUUCCCAUCGGCGGGCCACAACGUGGUGCUGGUGGACAUCGACGGCGAGGAGCAGACCAGCCUGCGCGGCAGCCACAGCAAUGAAAAGGAGGCUGAGGUCGUGGUGCGGCUGGUGACGAGGCUGGUAGAGCGGUGCGGCCUGCGCACAGGCCAGGUCGGCAUCAUCUCGCCUUACAAGGCCCAGGUGCAGCUGCUGGCGCGGAAGCUGCCGUUUGAGACCACCACCAAGGUCGGCGGCGGGGGCGACGACGACGAUGAGGCUGCGAGGCUCAACCUGCUGGAGUGCAAGUCGGUGGACGGCUACCAGGGGCGCGAGAAGGAGGUCAUCGUGUUCAGCGCGGUGCGCUGCAACUCGCGGCGCGAGAUCGGGUUCCUGAAGGACUGGCGGCGCCUGAACGUGGCCCUGACGCGCGCGCGGCGCGCGCUGGUGGUGGUGGGCAGCUGCCGCACGCUGCGCGGCGACGAGAACUGGGGGGCGUUUGUGGAGUGGGCGGAGGCCAAUGGCUGCGUGGCCAAGGCGUCCCAGCUGUAA